UCUUAUCGCCAUUGCCGACACCGUCUGGUGAUAGGUUAUGUUUUCUCCUUCAAUCUGUUAAUUUUAUUUCAAGGAAUAAUGACUUUACCCGAAGGUAUCGUUGGCGAAGCUGAAGAAGUUGCUCAUUUUAAUCCCCCCAUUAUCCAAGAUAAUGUCACAGGAUGGGGCCCUUGUGAUAUGCCAGAGCAGUUCAAGGAUAUGCCUUACCAGCCCUUUUCUAAGGGGGAUAGGCUAGGAAAGAUAUCCGAUUGGACUGGUGCUGCUUUUCAAGAUAAAAAGUAUACCAACAAGUAUAUGUCCCAACAUGGAUCGUCCAACCAGUACUCUUACUACCAUGAGGAAGACGAGAGCACUUUCCACCUGGUGGACACAACAAGGAUCCAGAAACCUCCGUACCAACGUGGCCGAUUCCGCCAGAACCAGCGGAACAUGCGCGGGCGCGGUGGCCAGAGGGGCAACUACAAUGAUCGGAAAGGCCAGCCCGGUAUUCGCAACAAGUGGAACAAGCAGAUGGGAAUGCGCAAUCAGAAGAACACGGCUCCGAUCAAGAACCGAGAUGCUUCGGUGACAGUGCGGCCGGACUGGGUGACCAUCGAGGAGAUGGACUUCCCACGACUGGCCAAGCUGUCUCUACCCAAUGUUAAGGAGGGAGAGGACAUAGAAUGUUGUGGAUCGUUGGAGUACUACGACAAGGCUUACGACCGAGUGAACGUAAAGAGUGAGAAGCCUCUGCAGCGCAUUGACCGCAUCUUCCACACUGUGACCACUACUGACGACCCGGUCAUCCGUAAACUAUCCAAGACAGUCGGCAACGUCUACGCGACCGAUGCUAUUCUUGCAACGCUCAUGUGCUGCACUCGCUCCAACUACUCUUGGGACAUCGUCAUCGAGAAGAUCGGAGACAAGUUGUUCUUCGACAAGCGAGACAACACCGAGUUUGACUUGCUGACUGUCAACGAGACUUCAGUGGAGCCUCCGCAGGAUGAUUCCAACAGUCUCAACUCCCCUCGUAACUUGGCGCUGGAGGCGACGUUCAUCAACCAUAACUUCUCCCAGCAGGUUUUGAAAACUGGAGAGCCACGCUACAAGUUUGACGAGCCCAACCCGUUCAUCUCAGAGGAGGAGGAGGGAGAAGUAGCCUCAGUGGCAUACCGCUACCGCAAGUGGGACUUGGACAAUGGUAUUACUCUGGUGUCUCGCUGUGAACACGACGCAGUUCUGCCAACACCCAACGGCGAACUGCAGUUCCUCACCAUCAAGGCUCUUAAUGAGUGGGACUCUAAGCUUUCAGGAAGUGUGGAAUGGCGUCAGAAGUUAGACACACAGCGAGGAGCUGUGUUGGCCAACGAGUUGCGUAACAACGCUUGCAAACUGGCCAAGUGGACUGUACAAGCUUUGCUGGCCGGGUCUGAUCAAAUCAAAUUCGGGUAUGUAAGCAGAUCUCAUGUCCGUGACUCUUCCAAGCAUGUUAUCCUUGGAACCCAGCAAUACAAGCCUAAUGAAUUCGCGACUCAGAUCAACCUGAAUAUGGACAAUGCUUGGGGAAUCCUCAGAUGUAUCAUUGACAUCUGCAUGAAACAGAAGGACGGCAAAUAUUUGAUCAUGAAGGAUCCGAAUAAGCCAAUGAUCCGUCUGUAUGACAUUCCUGAUAAUACGUUUGAGUCGGAGAAUGAAGACGCCGAUGAAGAGGAUGGCGGACUUUGAAUGGUUUACAUUGGUCAACUUAAUUACUAUCCGCUUUCCUGCAUUUGUUAAUCUGGUGUUUCAUUAAAAAUAAAUAAGGAAUACAGUAAGA